AUGAUGAACAGUCACAAACGGAAGGCAGAGCAUCAACUAUCACCUUCAUCGGUUGAUGAGUUCGAGUCCGCGACCUGUGACGCUUUCUCUACGCCCAUUAUGGGCCUUGUGCAAAGUGUAUUGUCUGGGUUGGGGCAGGGGCUUCGCAAGUCCUUCACUUGGUACCAGCCAACGCCAUCUGGAGAAAGGUCUAUCAACUUAGGCUCUCCCUCUCCAGGCGCCGGUCCUUCCUCGAAUUCGAAAAUUAAUAGCUCGGCCGCUGUCAAGCGUCAAAAGGUACAAAGACACCAUCCCAACAGACCACAUUCAAACGUUCGCGCGCCGCGGGAAAUGGGACUACCAAUACUGGACUUGGAUGAGGCGAGAGAUGAGCUUGAGGCUGCGCAAAUGAUAAACAAGCUUUUCGAGCCACAGCCUUUUGGAUUUUCAAGGAGGAGGUCGGCUGGAUGCGAAGAAGAAUCCCAACGAGCAUAUGGACAACGACAACAAGAGCAACAACAAGUACACGAGCGGCAAAGCCGAUUUCGUAGAUAUUCUGGAUCUCACCACCCCAGGUCGCCGGCAGCGCAGGCUUCUCCGCAAAGUUCCUUUGGCCAAAACGAUAGACGAAGGCGAAAAACAGCGAGUAGCUCCGUCCCCCCAAGUACAGCUUCUGUACACCGAAACACUGCUGAAACCCCUGCUUUGCUGUCUGAAGAUGACGAGUUGUCCAGACGUAUGAAAGAACUCCUCGGCGAGGAUAACAAGGCCGUGGAUUCCAAAGAUGGUAUGAACAUGUUUAGCCCAUCUGAACGGAUGCUCCAGAAGCGCAUGAAGCGAGCAGAGGAGAGAAAGGCCAGGGAAUUAGAAGCUGCGGUUCUGGCAGCGAAGCAGCGCCGACUCAUGCGCCGAUGGCCUCAGAAAGCCUUGGUGGCCCCCCUAGAACCGGAAUGGGAGAGAAAGGUCGAACAAGUAUUGUCUCGCCGAGGUGAAGUUAUUGCGACAACAAUGAAAGGGAUCGAAAUAUACCAAGAUUCUUUUGAACGUUUAAUAAGGGCUCAGCAAUGGCUGAACGAUGAAACGAUUAAUACUUACCUUGAAUGGGUUGUAAAAGCCGGGAACCAAGCAGCUGCGGAUGAUAUGAGGAUCACUGGCGAAGCUCCAAGUAUGAUCCCUAAAUUCAUCGCCCACAACAGUUUCUUUUACACUAUUCUUCUCAAAGAGGGUCCCGCAAGAUCGGAGAGAAUCAUGAAGAGGUUGAAGGUUCCAGGAAUCUCGCUUCUGGAAGUGGACACUGUGUUUGUUCCUGUGAACAAUGGAUCUCAUUGGACUUUAGGCGUUGUGCGCCCUAUAGCAAGGACAAUUGAGUAUUUUGACAGUAUGGGAGGAAGCCCGACGAAAUUUGUCGGGGUGAUGAAGGAGUGGCUGCAGACUGCUUUAGGUAAAGCCUAUAAGGAAUCGGAAUGGUCGGUGCCUAGCACGAAAAGCGCAAGACAAACCAACGGCUACGAUUGUGGAGUUUUCGUCUGCACAAACGCUUUUUGUGUUGCCUUUGGCCUAGACACUUCGUGCUAUGAAGAAAAGGACAUGACCCAACAACGUAAGAACAUAGCGGCCGUUUUGAUGAAUAGAGGAUUCGAGGGCCCGUUUGCCUGGGCGAAGGCAGGAUUAUAA